UGAUAGGAUGGGGAGGAUAAAAUGAAAUAAAAAUGCUUGCUUUCUCGUUAGGAUCCUAUCCUAGGUCAAGCAACAGCAUCAACAAGACAACCCUAAAUUUGACAGAACCCUAAAUUUAGCACCAAAUCAGCAGAGGAAGAAGGAAGGUUGUGAAUCACAAAAUUCAAUGGCAUCCCAAUCAUCCUUAAUUCCUAUUCAAACCCACAAUAAAAUUAAGCAACCCCUUAUUUACUUUUUUUGCUUUUGCUUUCUCUUUCAUCGGAGAAGAGGAACCCAUCUCGACGACGACGGCGGCAGCACGCAGUUACAGCACCACCACCACCACCACCAUGGAAGGCGAGGCCACGCCUGCGAGAAAGGUGAUGGUCAUAGCCGAUCCUACUCGCGAAUCGGCCGCUGCACUACAAUACACGCUCUCCCAUGCAAUUCUCGAGAACGACAACUUGAUUCUCCUCCACGUCGGGAACCCUAAUUCGUGGAAAAGCCCCUUCUCCUUCUUCAAGUGGCCGUCGCCGGCCACCGGAGGCUCUGCGUCCUUCUCCUCCUCCUCCGUGCCGGGCGGCGGCGUCGGCGGCAGUGGUGGAGGCGGAGGAGCGGGAUACUUCGAUUUUCUUGAAGCGAUGAAGCAUGCUUCCGGGAUUGCGCAGCCGGAUAUUAGGGUUCAGGUGGACAGGGUGGAUGGGGACGGCAAGGAGAAGGCCCAUGUGAUCCUUCAGUACUGCACGGAUCAUUCCAUCGAUCUCCUUGUCAUCGGACAGAAGCGGAGUUUGUCGAAUGUAUUAUUAGGCAGCCAAAAGAGGAAGAAUGGGUCUUUGAGAGGACUAGAUACAGCGGAUUAUCUGAUUGAGAACAGCAAGUGCACCUGUGUUUCAGUGCAGAAGAAGGGCCAAAAUGCAGGUUAUCUUCUCAACACAAAAACCCACAAGAACUUUUGGCUCCUAGCUUAGAGGAUAUGAACAACAACAUGUAUUCCAAUCGUCAUCUCUUCCAUCACUUGCAAUGUCCUCCCUUGCCGUCAGUUCUCUGUAUGCAAGUUUAUGGUUUAAUUCUUAUUGUCACAGAACUAGACCCUCUACUUGAACCACUGUCAUCUUCUAUACUUUCAAAGCUCAUGAUUUCUCUCAAUGUUGUUCUCUUUAGAGAAAAAAACUCAUGUAUUAUCUUUACGUUUCCUGUUUGUGAGGAUUGUACAUAUUUGGACGAGGAUUGUGGAAAAGAACCAGCACCAGGAGCUAUCUUCAAAUUA